GUGUGCACUGCAACAUUCAACCGUGGCAGCUUGUAGUGAAUGGACGUGUUUUCUCAAAUCGGUCGCCAAAACUAUUGAUUUUUCGCGUUCGACAAAGAUUCAUAAAUUAUUUUUUUCGCGAGGCACAACAAAGUAGUCCGCGCGGGUGCUAUUUUUGGGACUAAGAGUUUUGGAGAGGGUUGUGUGGUGCAUAAGUGAAUUAGGGUUACUUGGAUCGAUUUCAAUUUCAAGUGGUGGGGCAGAUUUCGCAUAUUCAGAAGAGAAACGCAUUAAGUGAUCUUGGGGAGGGGGGUUUAUUUGCCCCAAACAGGUUUUGUGGCAGUGUGUGCGAGUGUUUUACGACUCGCGGUUGAAGGAGAAAUGAGUAAUAAAAUGAAACGGAAGGCAUCUUCAUUGAGGAUUGAUAAAAAUAAGCUAAAAGUGGUCACGUUUUGCGUGCUGCUUUGCGUUUCAAACUUUUUGCCCGCUUUGGAGGCGAAAAAGACGAGCAAAAGCCGCGGCAAGAGUUCUUCGUCCGGGGUCAGCACCGGGCGGGUGGCCAAACCCAGCCAGACGGUUCCGCAGAGCUACAGUAAUCCGGGCAGUCUGAGCUAUGGCUCGAGCUAUCAGCAGAAACCGAAGCCGAACCCGUCGGCUCCGGUGGACACUUCGGCAAAUAGCCGGCCCAUCGGAUGGAACGUGAACCAGAACCAGGCGGGCAAACCAGCGGCAGCUGCCCCGCCAUAUCCGGUUCAGAACGCUGCCAAACCCCCUCCGUAUCCGGUUCAGGGCGCCGCUAAACCACCGUAUCCGGUUCAGCAGACCCACAAUACUCAUCAGACUCACGGAGCUCCGCCACCGCCGUACAACGUGAACCAGCAACACGGCGGACCUCCACCGUACUCGGCCGUCAACAACCCGAACGUCCACUCGCCGUUCAACCAGCCUCCUCCGGUGUACAGCCCCGGAAAUCAAGGAUUCAAACCCGGACAACCCGGUGGCUUCGGACAGCCUGGAUUUGGACAGCCCGGAUCGUACGGUGGACAUCAACAGAGCGGCUUUGGAGGUCAUGCACCGGGAGGAUUCGGAGGUCAUGCUCCGGGAGCUUACGGUCAACCUGGUGGCUAUCACCCUCCAUCUCCGUACGGCGGAUUCCCAUCUGGUGGCCAAAACUACCAUGCUCCGGCCAGUGGCUUCACAGGUGGUCUCCCUCACGGUGGUCUAAGCGGUGGCGGUGUUGCUCCCCCUGUCAACUACGCCCCUGCCCCAAGCUUCCCAAUCACGGCCAUCCCAGCAGGCGCAUAUAGACCACAAUCAUCUGGAAUCGGUAUCGGAGGAAUCGCCGCUGGCGUCGGAACCGGUCUCCUAGCUGGAGCCGCUGGUGCCGCCAUCUACAAUGCCCUUAAACCAGAAGAUCGUGUCAUCUACCGUGAUCGUGUCACCGUCGUCAACGCUAACCCGGCAGAAGCUCCCGCUGCCGGAGUCGCCCCAGCAGCCGCUGCAGGUGUCGCCGUAGCUGCGGCCGGUCCAGCUUCCGGUCCUCCAGCCGCUGCUGCCCCAGCACCAGUUGCCCCAGCUGCCGCCGAUGGAACCAACCCUCAACCUCCAGCCACUCCAGAAGGAGGAGCUUCCGGCGUUCCCAACACCCCCAUCAUCAUGAACAAUAACGCAACCGACGCUGAACAACCCGCGUCCGUCAACGGUACCGAAACAUCAACCAACGCUUCGGAAACCCCACUGGCCGCGUACGACGGAACCACCCCUGCUCCACCAACCACCGGCAAGCAGUACUAUCCACCCCCCGGCCAAUACUACCCAGCCACCGGACAGUACGUUCCCCCCGGCGAGUACGACUUCGCCACCGGCGUGUUCACACCCGGCCGCUACAUCCCCGACACCAACAUCUUCCAGCAGGGCCAGUACGAUCCGCUGACGCAAAUCUUCACCCCCGGUUCGUACGAUCCCUCGAACGGCCAAUUCGUCCCCGAUCCCAACAACGGACCGAUCAAUCUGGGAGCUCCGCUGGCGCAGGAAGCGGCGGCCGUCACCAGCCAACCGCUGAGCCAGGCUCCCGAAGACGUGACCGUCGGAGCGGGAUCCACGUUCGGUGUCAGCUCGCUGCUGGUGGCGCUCGUGCCCGCCAUGCUGGCCGCGAUCGCACGCUACCAGUAAUCUAGCAAGUGAACCAUACUGGUAGCAAUUGCUAGCCCGCGCGUCCAGACCCAGUCGCGGCGAGUCAACUCUACACAGUACGUCUGUAUAGUCAACUCAACAACAACAACAACAAAACGGACUCGAAGCGCGCUCGCGUGCUCUUUGUCCCGCCACUUGGAACCAAUCACUAAAUGACAAAUAAUACAUCACUAAAACGGUAAAGUAAAGUCGUGUCUCUCUCGCUACACACUACCACUACAACGUUAACAUGCAAGAGAAGAACAAAUAAUACAAUGGAACACCAUUACAGCAUUAAUAUUGGCGCGAAUGCCCUUAUUUGGACAGACAUUGACAUUGAACCGCGCUGGAAAUUUAAUUUGGCAAAGCGCGUUUUGAAUCGCAAGUAGCAAGAGAAAAUUUUUAAUCGAUGUUACUCAACUUUGGAAUACAAAUUAAAAUAGCAUUUAACACAUAGCAAGACUGUUGAUGUACCUUCUACGCAAAAUGCAAAGUGUAUUCCCGAAAAUAAAAUUGACCGCAAACACUAUCCUUGCACCUCCGGAAAAUAAUCUCGAAAAGUUUUAAUCUCAAAAUUUAGUCACAAAUUGAAAGACGUUUUAAAACGAAGUGCAGCUACCCAAACCGAAAAGCAGCAACAAUCAGCUAGAUUACAUUAGAAUUGGACCAGGCAAAGUGAGAAAAGAAGCUUAGACGCAAAAUGCCAGGCAUUGAUAGCAUCAAAUUCAAACAGUCACUAACGAGCACUUGUCAUGAUCAUUAUAAUUCGCUCACUCUCUCUCUCUAUCGUUUCCCCCCUCAAUGCCAAAUUGUCUCAUUUAAAACUAUCUCUUUAUACACUCGAAAGCCACGUCCUUUCUACUGGGACACGUGUUUUUGUGUGGAACUGAAUCUCUCAAUUGAAAAACUCACCUACUCUUUUGUGAACGUACCUUUUUUCUGAAAGCCACUCUAGAAAGAAAAGAAAACUAAACCCAUGUGUUAUGUAGAACGAUUAUUCGCCCUAAAUGGCGAAUGAAAAAAAGUAAUAUUAUGUGAUACGUGAUAUUUAACAUUGAAAAAAAAAACUAUCUUUAUUCUUUAUAUCUUGAUAUACCGUAUCUCUAUCGUUGGAAUUGCAAUUUAGUCUAUUGGUUAUACACUACCUUACUCUGAAAUAAUAGAAAAUAUAUUACAAACAAACCUUGUGUCUUUAGUCUACUCUACUACAUAAAUAGUGUGUAUAGUAUAUAAACAAGAUGUUACAGAAAAAAAUAACAAACAAAAAAAUCUUAAUCAAGCCCCAAAAAAUGCAGAAUAAACCAGCUAAAAAAUGUGCUUUUAACGUGUGAGUAAAAAUCUAAAUUGUAUUUAUUGUCGUUAGCUUAGAGAGCGCAUCGGAACAACCAAAACAACACUCUACAGAACAAAGCAAAAUCACACUGCAUA